AUGGAAAUUGCCAGUGCAAAGGCACGUCACCAUAGAGUGGUGUUGUGUGUACUUGGAGCUAGCAAUUUGGCAUCACUUUUGGCCGCGCUUCACCUAGUUAUUCACCUUAAUCCAGAAGAUAAAAUUUCAAUAAAACGCGGAACAGCGCUCACAUUGUUGGGCUUCGUCUAUUUUAUGACACUGUUCGAACUAUUCAACGUAGCGGCUCUCUUCACUAGUCUCGGAGCGAGGUUUAGACACAAGUUCAGAUUGAGUUCGGGCGAUGUACUCGAUAUUACAAACAAAUUAGUAUCAGCUGUGCAAGCAGCGUUUUCUUGUGCGACCGGCGUGGUAGUUUGUCUCUGGUCUUGUACAAGAGAUCUGAUGCGGUCCUCACAUUACAUUUCCGAAGCCUACGCGUGGUUCGGUGCGGCCUAUUUCUUUUAUGACAUAUGGUCUAUGUACAUGGUACAUGUACACAUGACCACCAACUCAAACAGCACUCAAUCUACGAAGAAGUCCCUUCCAUCUGGUGACGCGUUGGAGUCUCCAAAGAAACCCUCAUUUUUUGCCUACUGCAAACAUGAGCCAGUGAUUCUGAUGCACCAUCUGUUCAUUGGUGCCUUCGGAUUUCUAGUCAUUGUCUACUUUCGCGGUGGGCUGGGCGAUUGUGUAUUCGGAUUUGUCUACCUCAUGGAGCUAUCCACUCCAUUCGUUUCGCUUCGAGGCAUUCUCUCCCGUCUUCAACUCAAGAAGUCUCCAGUUUACGUGUACAAUGGACUGGCGAUGUUGGCCACCUUUCUGGUGUGUCGUGUACUGAGUCUACCGUAUGUGUGCCUGCUCUACAGUCGAGCUGCUAGUAUGACGUAUUUUGAGGCUAUAAAAUCCCUACCCACGGGUUGUAAGGUAUCCAUCUGCAUCUUACUCUUACCCCAGAUUUAUUGGUUCUACCUCAUGUCAGCUGGAGCUCUGAAACUCUUCUUCCAACGAGUCCCCGUUAAACGUAGUUGA